CCAUGGCGGAGUUAGACCUGAGUCUGAGUGACGCGCUUACAGACAGCGCUCCCCAGCAGGGUCCGGAGAGCCUGGUGGAGAGGGACUUUGUGGCCCAACUGGAGGCGGAGGCCUUCGACGAUCAGAUUGGGGAGACGGUGGGAAAGACAGAUUACAUCCCCCUGCUGGACAACGACGACACCAGGGCAGACUCGGGUACGGCGUUGGAGAAUGGCGAGCAAGAAGCUCAUGGGGUGCAAAAACCUGGUUGUAAGCUGACCGCAGGGGGACAGACUUCAGUGUCGCAUCCAGAGCCGCAAGGGGAGGUGUGGCCAAGAUCACUUGACCAGCAGCAGCAACAGGCCCUGGCUACGGACUUCCUAUCAGCCUCCAUGGCAAGUUACUCAGAUCCUCUGGGCUCUCAGACCAGUCCUGCCCACAUGAUGGAUGCUGGCCGGAUGGGAGCUUUUUCAGGUUUCUCACAGCCUGCUGGGCUGGGUGUCAACAUUGAGGUGGGGGCUGCUCCUCUUACAGCAGAGAGGGUUCCAAGCAAAGCCGAACCACAGCACCCCACACCCACGGUGGGAUCUGAAGCCCCUAAAGAGCACAGCCCCAUGCUGCCUGAACCGCAGGCUCCUCGCAGCCCUCUGGACCUGUCAUCAGGUGCAUUAGGCGACUGCUGGCAAGACCAGGCUGGCUGCCUACCAACAGACCUCCCAUUCACCCCAAGCGUCUCCACGGUGCUCAGUCGCCAUGCAGGCCAUCUUGCAGUCAGCCCUGAUGACCCACCUGACAGUUGGCCUACCCGAGAGAGCACGGCCUAUGCUGGAGGUGAUGAAAAGGAGGGAGAAGGAUCUGACAGAAAACAGAAGAAGAAGAAGAAAAGGCGACAGAAAGAUGAGGGGUCUUAUGAACCCCUAGAGAGCAAGGGUCCCGCCGAGGUUCAAGCAACAGGAGAAAACUCAGAGGAGUUCUACAACAGGAUAGGCCCAAGGAGGGAUAAAGGAGACAGUGGAUGGGAGGAGCAGCUUGGGAAGAGUGGAGGGCGAGGAAAGAAGGGGAAGAGCAGGAAAAAGAUUCCUCAGGAGUGGGGAGUGAUGGCUGAACCAUUUGUUCCUGCAUCAGCAGCAACCUCUCAAAUCACAGAGGAGGAUAUGAUGGAUCUAGGAAGUUCUGCUCAGGCUGCGUUGGCAGAUGUGGAUGCCAGCGCCACUAACUGGAAAAAGGAAGUCUUCCCAGAAGAAGGUCUGAUCCCCUCGCCCUUAUCCCAGGACCUGUUCUCUUCAACAGCUGCUAACGUCAGCCCACUGGUCCUGAACAGCGAGCUGAAACCCACAGCUGCCCCAUUUGUUAUGCCGUCUACCACAACUGACGCUGCAACGCCUGGCUCCUUCUCCAUGGCUCCUCACCCUGAUGAUUCCUUUGACCUCCUGAUGGAUACUGAAAAUGCCAGCUUGGGGAACAGCAGCCAGGCCAUUUUGCCAACCUUCUCUGAGAAUGAAGCAAUGGUUGGUGACAUGGUUGACAGCGGGAUGUUUGACAACACCAGUUCCCUUCAAGAGUCUUUUGUGCAAGGGCUACCAGGAGUAGACACCUCAGCUUUCAGCCCCGCAUCCCAACCAAGCCCAGGCAUUUCCCCAAAAGGUGAGGUGCUCGCCUCUGCCCCUCCUCUCUCACCUUCAGAUGCUUCAUGGCUCCUGAACAACUCCAACGUGAGCAGGGACAGCAACCUUUUUGACUUCAGUGAUGUCAGCUCUUCAAGUCAUCCUGUCACCUUGGGUCUUUCCUUCGACACUCCAAGCCCAGCCCCUCUCCGCUCUCCUAAAACCACCGCUCAGGAAUUGCAACCCAAAGAGAUGAAAGAUGCCAAAUCAUCCCAGAAGCAAUCCAAGAAGUCUCGUUCAUCUUCCUCAUCUUCUCUCAAGAGUCCCACCUCCCCAGGAGCUAAGAAGUUAUCUCCACAAGCAUCCCCAGUCAUCAGCCCCUCUUCCCCUCCAGCAACCAGCCCUCUGGGAGGUCAAGCUUCAGGUCUUAACCCAUCAGCUAAGCCCUUCUUCCCAAGUUUUGCGGAUACCAUGGAUGAACCAGCCGCGGUCCCUUCAGUUUCCCCCACAAUGGAAGUGAAAUCCAGCACGAUGGAGAAGGCAGACAAGAAGGAAGAGAAGCAGGAAGACAACUUCCAGAAGAUGGAGCGCUUUGAACCCAUGGAGAAAGCUGACCAGAAGGGAGUGAAGGUUGAAUUUGUGGGCAGCGAGACUCUGGACAAGAUGGAGAAGGAGACUGAGAAGGAUAAACAGAAUGAGACACAAAAUGAGAAGGAGAAGGAGAAGGAGAAGGAGGCAGAAAAGAUGAAAGAGAAAGAAAAAGAGGCAGAAAAAUUGAGAGAGAAAGAAAAGGAGGCAGAAAAAUUGAAAGAGAAAGAAAAGGAGGCAGAAAAAUUGAAAGAGAAAGAAAAGGAGGCAGAAAAAUUGAGAGAGAAAGAAAAGGAGGCAGAGAAAUUGAAAGAGAAAGAAAAGGAGGAAGAAAAAUUGAAAGAGAAAGAAAAGGAGGCAGAAAAAUUGAGAGAGAAAGAAAAGGAGGCAGAGAAAUUGAAAGAGAAAGAGAUGGAAAAAGCAAAAGAGGCAGAAAAGGACAAAGAAGAAUCACCUGAUAAAUUUGACCUGAAAGAAAAAGUAGAAAAAGUAAAGGUGACAGAGAAUGUGGAAGAGAUCAAAAACACGGAGAAGGUUGAGAAAACAGAAGUGAAGGAUGUCAAAGAGCAGCACAUGGACAAAAUGGAAAAGAGCCAAGAGCAGCAGCCAACACUCGCCAAGCUCGAUAUCAGUUCUGACAAGGUGGAGAAGAAGGCUGACACCGAGACGAAGACAACAGCAGAGGUGAAGGAAGUUAAAAAAGAUGAAGAGGCUGCAGACAAAAACAAGAAAGUUGAGAAGGAAGACAAACCAACAGAGAAGUCUGAGGAGAAACAGAAGAGUGAAAAGGAUGAGAAGCAAGUGGACAAAAAAGCGAUGGAGAAGAAGGAAAAAGGCGCUAAAGUAGACGCAGGAGACAAGACCAAAAAAGCAAAACCUGCAGCUAAUGGAAGCAGCGCCACGGCGAGCAAAGACCUGGCAGACAAGAAGACUAAGCCGGCCACCGGGCUUACCAAACCCAGCGCUGCAGCCAAAACGCGGCCAACUAGCACGGCUGCUGGUGGUUCCGCUACAGGCCCCGCUAAACGCCCCACACUCUCCACCACCUCCUCCAUCUCAGACAAAAAAACAACCACAGCCAGGCCACUAUCUACAUCAGCUGCUGCUGGUCCAAAGCGGCUCUCCACCACCUCUGCCAGCUCUGCCAGCCGCCCUGCAUCCUCAACCACGUCCACUACACGUGAUGUGAAACCCAAGACCACAGCAGAGAAGCGCCCCCUUGUGCCAAAGGCCAGCACUGCUACAACAAGCUCCUCUGCUGCCACCAAAAAUGGAAUCGCUACCACAGCAGCCAGUAAAACCGCUUCAUCUGUGCGCACAACAGCUGCUACUCGCACCACCACUACCACCACUGCAGCCAGGAAGCCUCUGGCCUCUAAGACUGACAGCAAACCAGGAGAGGAGAAGAAGCCCAGCACUCUGAGGUCUUCUACAGCUGACUCUACAAAGCCGAAGACCACCACCACUGCCGCCGCCCGCAGCUCAGCUUCCGCCACUGCUGCCUCUCGCACUCGACCCACUGCAGCCAAACCGGCCACAUCAUCCUCCACCUCUGGUACAGCAGAGAAGAAGCCUCUGGUGCCCCGUACCACCCGGGUCACCUCCUCAGCCACGAGCACCACCGCGACCUCCACCUCGAGGACCACGUCUCGUCCAAGCACAGCACCAACUCCUGACAUCCGUAACGUCCGCUCCAAGAUCGGAUCUACGGACAACAUGAAGCACCAGCCUGGAGGAGGGAAGAUGUCAUCUGCCUCUCUGAGCAGGGGUGUGGCCUCCAAAGAAACAAGCCUGGGCAAAGUGCAGAUUCUAAACAAGAAGGUGGAUCUGAGCAAGGUGACGUCAAAGUGCGGCUCCAAGGACAACAUCAAGCACAAGCCUGGCGGUGGUGUUUCAAAGAUCGAGGCCCACAAAGUGAACUUCAGGGAAAAGGCUCAGUCCAAAGUGGGCUCCAUGGACAAUGUAAGCCACUCACCUGGUGGAGGAAACAUCAAGGCUGAGGGGGCCCAGGAGACAGCAGAGGGGAAUGAGACUCCCCUGAGUGGCACCGCGGCCCUGGCCCCCGGCUCCGAGCCAGGGCAGGCAGGGGGUGCUGCUGCCCAUGAGAAUGGGCUGAAGGAGGGGGCUCCCUGUGAUAGUGAGGGCCUCCGGGAGCCCCAAGCUCUAGAGUCAGGCAUCCCAGAGACAAUCCAAAGCACCUGAUCACACCGUCAUCUUUCGACUUCUUAUCUUGCAGGCAUCUAAUUCUGCUAUCCCUCUGCCCUCCUCAUUUCAACCCCCCACGACAACUCCCCCUCCCCGACUUCUCCCUUUUCUAUGUAUUUUUUCUUUCUCCCUUACCCUCCUCCUCCUCCCUCUUCCCUGCCCCUUUUUUUCUUUACGACCUUUCUGCUGCAGAUUGAGUCUCUCAAGCUCAACUUCCGCGAGAAUGCUCGCUCUCGCACGGACCACGGCGCCGACAUCGUCACCUGGACGGCCCCCCAGGACAGUCCCCACCCACACGGCUCUUCCUAUUCUCUACACCAAAACCACCACCACCACCACAACCACCACACGACUCCUCGCAGUGUCUCCCUCAUUGAGUCGUUGGUGUCUGCAGGCUGUGUCAGCUCCCUCUCUGCCUCCUCCUUGCUUCAGGGGGAGGCUCAGGGGGACAUCAGCUGCUCCUUAAAGGGAUCUUGACCUGAUCAUGCUCUGAAAACCCUGCCCCCUUUAUCUUAAACCUGUCUUUGCAAAUGUUUGAACCAUCUAGUAGUUCCGCCACUCUGGUAUCAUGUUAUGAGCUCAUCAUUGUGCACCACCGCCAUCCUCCUUGCUAACUCCCCUUAUAUCCGGCUGAAGUGACUGUAUAGACUACGCUUGGGCCUUGGUGGGAUCUUUGUGGAGGGAAAAACAGGGAUGACAAGGUUUUGUUUCAUUUUUGAUUGCUGACAGACCUGGAAUCAUUUACCAACAAUCUGGUGGUGGACUCUGCUUCAUGUCACCUCCACACACCAAAUAACAGCACUUCAUUUGUCGACUGAGCGUUGUGGAAACCCUCUUGGACUCACCUUAGCUCUUAGCUUCUCUUUUUCCUCGUGACUUCAUGGGCUGUUUGUUCCCAGUAAACCACUUACUCUCUGCUUCAAUAACAUCAUUGUAGUCCAUUGUUCAUCUCAUCUGCUUCUUCGCUUCCUCUCUCUUCACUAUCACGUAUCAUAAACAAGCUGGCAAACAAAAAAAACUUAGACAACAAGUAGGCUCUUUAACUCUUUACUCUCUGUGUUUGUGAUGAUGUGUUUGAGUGACAAAAAUAACGUUAAAAUGAGCUUUAGUGUUCUGUUUGGAUCUUAUUUCUGUUUUCUUCUUCUUUCUUUCCUUCAGGUUUCUUGAUUUAAAAUCCAGGUUUUCUUUAUUUAUUGUACUUUUCUUUCUGUAUAAGCAAUACAGUGGCAGUCUUUUUUUUCUGUUAACACUCAGAGGAUGUUGGAAACACGCACAGGUUCUGUUAAACCAGGACACGCAGCAGAGAAGGAAUCUAAUUCAGAGGGCAGAGGAAAGUGAGAAAAGGGGAGUGGUGCUUGAAAAAUAAGCAUUUGAGCUGUGUUGUUAAAUUUAUGGCGAAAUAGCAAAAAGACGUGUUGGAAACUGAAUGUUUUAAAAAAUGCAAUAGAGGAGAUUUGCUUGAGUAGAAAAGCUUACAGUCCAGAGAGAGAUGUGUAAGAUGUGUAAACGUCUGUGAAGUCAAAGGCGCUGUGUGUCUUGGAUGUGCCUCCUAUUCUUCUUACCUGAAAACUACAGCAAACACAGAUGCCGCAGGCUCACGCCUAAAACUGCUCAGAGAAAGCUAAAUCAUAGCUCAUAACACGCACAUAAACCGCUAGGCGCAACCUGGUAUUGCUAUUUUAAGAAAACCCUAUACAUCCUGGUAGUCAUGUGCACAAGUAGUCAUGGUUGUCCUAUUUCAGGUGUUUCUUUCAAGGUUAUGCUACAAUGUUGUUUGGCAAGCUUCAGCUGUGUACAGUAACAUCUUGUACAUGUGUUGGAAACUUUCCUGUAUUGGCAGUGGAACAUGAUGCGCUUUCUAUUCUACUAAUGUAUUCAAUUAUUGCCUUUAUAAUGCAUGGCCAGAUUAUUACUCCGAUAUGAUGCCCUGAGGUAAAAACAACCUGUUUGUAUUAUUACUCAAAGUGUUGUUGGUACCACAUGUAUAUCUUUGGGUAGGCAGUUAAUGUGUUGUUACUCUGAUGGUUGAUAUAUCAUGUCUUAGAUUCAUGAUGUAAUUCCACAGUCACAUUUGUAAACAGUUAUUACUCACAGGAUGGUAUUGCUUCCAAAAGUUCAGAUUAUUCAGUCAAAUUUUACUCCUUGGAAGUUUUUUAUCAGCUUCAAAAAUCAUUUGCUUCGUAAACUUGCUCCUCUUCUGACUUUUUCUAUAGCUAACUGCUUUUUUAGCUAACUUUGUGGAUGGCUGUGAGAAAAAACAGUAGUCGUCAGUCUGAGGAAAACCACAAAUACUGCCCUGAUUUCAGUGGGUUCAUCACUUUGAGCAGCUGCUUUUACGUUAAACACUGAUUGCCCCAUUGUUCAUGAAGACGUAUUUCUCAGAUCAGCUUUAGCUUUGAGGUAAAUGACGUUUUCACAAUAAUCAAAGGGAAAGACAAUGCAAAAUCAACUUGCAGGUUUGAAUAUGAAAUCUUACCCACAAUUAUUUUAUGUGAGUGAUGAAAAUCAAGUUAUCAACAUGAACCUCGCGUGAGUUGACGUCAAACGCCAGAUUUUAAAUUAUCUUCUUAAUUUUUUGCCUUUAAAUAAAAGCUGUUUUAAGACCAGAGCGUUAUUUGCAGACUAAUUUAGACAAAUCAAACUAAAGAUGCGACUGAGUUUUCUGUCCAGGUUGUCACCUUAUCAAUUAAUUGUUAUAAUAAAAAGGUUUGAAGGAACUAAAUUGCACCUUAAUGCUUUAAAUCAAAGAGGGUUCACUGUGAGGAGUGGUGAUGUAUAAUUAGACAAAUUAAAUUAAUGCCAAAAUGACUUAAUUAUGAAUGAGCCUUUGCAUGAUGACUUGGAAUAAACUGAAUGACAUUAACCUCAUUCCCCCUUACUAUUCAAUCAGGAAACAUGUUUUCCUUCCAAGUUCUUGUUUUGUUGUCUACUGAUAUUUUUAGAUUAAUUAUAAGAAAAAAGCCCCUUCUGAAAGAUUUGUUGACAAAAACAGGCAAUAACUUCUAACUGAUGUGUAUAAAAGUGGAAAUGUUUCACUUGCAGAUGUUGGAGUUCUUUUCAGCCAGCUGAGGAUUGAUGUUGUUUGAACAGCAGCUGUCAUCAUUGAAUUGCUUUGUUCGUGCCACGGCUGUCGCCUAGGUAAACUAGUCCUUGUGCCUGUCCAAAACCGUGUUUUAGCUUUUGCUUUCACCCCAGAGUUUUUACUUACAACUACUCAUGAGAUUGCACACGGAUGUAUAUAGAUAUAUUAUUGUUGAUGUACUUGCUAUCCCCCCCCAAACAACAGAACAAAGCAUCAGCAUCAGAACCCGGUGGGGAUUGGUGGGUUGGGGGUUUUGGAUUUGUCAGAACUGCAUUUGUGUCCUAGUACCUUUUACGGCUCUCUGGGAAGGAGUGUUUUAUCAUGACUAUUAUGACUAUUAUUCUGAUUCUUAGUAUGACAAGUUGAAAAAGUUUGCCUUUUUCAUUGGAAAGGGGCCACUGAAGUGAAAGAAUGUCUUUUGAGAUAUAUUGUACUAAAGACGCAACACUUUUGUAUAUGUAUUUAUCGUUGUGUUCCUGUAGCCUCGUGGUGGUUGUGCUCUCAUGGUUGAAGGGAUUUUACUUUUGAUUUGUGACAUCCAGUUUCACCUAGUGUGUCCUGGAGAUAUGCACAACAGGAUUUCUUUAAGUCUUUAAAAUCUCAUUAAUUAGGCUGUACUUAAAGUGAAGCAACAGCAGCUUGAUUUAGAAACUGACAUCAUAGAUUCAAUUUAAGAGAUAUUAACUCAAUUCGAUGUGCACAGUUAUACAUAAUACACAAUUAAAUCAUGCCCGGAAGCCCAGUCUUAAGAGAUGAGAAUAAUGUUCUGACAGGUUGGAAAACUUCUCACUUAGCACACAGUGACCUCUGCAGGUCAUAUGUUGAAGAAGAUCGCUGGCUGGAACUGAAGCUGAAGCAGCUGAAACGCGUCUCUCUAUAUCACAGUGGGCACAUGGGAUCUCUCAUUCAAGCUCACACUAAGUGUAGAAGCUGAUAUAUAGGCCUGUAAUUUGUUAGUACUGCAAAUCAGAACAAAUUGGCUGCUAUGCUGCUCUGAAGAUGCAGCAGUCUGCCCUGAAGAGUCACACACAUCGAGACCCUAACACACCCUCGUCUGUUAAGAAGACUAACUGUAGCUGUCAGGUUUGGCUUGUGUUAUUAAUAAAAGCUCCUCAGUAAUCCUUUCAAGGAGCGUAGUAGAGCUUAAUUUUCUGCCACUGCACUCGUACCAGACAUGCAAGUGUAACACUAGCGAAUGAACACCUACUGUACCUGCAGAGCAUGCUCAAAAACAACAAUGGGAUGUGUUUGGUAGACUUACUGUCAUUUGCAGAACCUCCUUAUUGUUUUUUGUGGUUUUAUUUUAUUUUUUUCAUUAAUUUGAAUUUUAUUUUAUGGUUUGGAAAAAAAGUGUUUAUUGUGAUUACUUGUUAAUUAGUGAUGUGAUUGUUGAACAUGAAAUAAAAUGGACUAAAACUCUCA